UUAGCAGGGACAGAACACAAGUUUGAAAAAGGCUUUUGUCAGGUUCUCCCACUUUAUACACGAAAAUUGACAGGUUUGCGGCGAAUCUAACCGAAAAGGACGCGAUACAUUGGCGUACAAAAUUAUGUUAUUGAUGUUAAUAACAAUUUCGAGUAAAUAGUUUAAUAAAUUGUGAAUAGUUGUUGAAAUUUUGUAGAAUUAUGAUUUGUAUAUUAUAAUACAUGUUUAAUAAUUAUUUAUAGUCCACAAAUAAAUACGAUUGUCUGGUUCCGCCUGUAAAAAUUUAAAAUUACUUAUUCUAUGAACCGACACUGGUAGGCAUGGAGGAAAGAUUAUUACGUAGGUAAACCAUAGAUUGUCUCUGACCAUAGAUAUCUAUGAGGUAAACAUUACUGCGAAUUUCUCCAUUUCUCGAAGCCGUCAGCUGUCCGACGCGACGUGUUUGACGUUUACCCCCUCUCCUCUCUACCUACCAAAGUCUUUCCUUUUCUCUUUAACCCCUUUAUUAACCUUUAAUUAUAAAUAAUGCUAAUAAAAGUUUAUUCUCAAAAUUAUUAACUAUCAACUGUCAUAAAAUGGUUCAGAAAGUUUUAUUUGUAUGCUUAGGUAAUAUAUGUAGAUCACCAAUAGCAGAAGCAGUUUUUCAACAUUUAGUUAAAGAAAAGGGAAUUUCUGAUCAUUGGGUAGUUGAUAGUGCAGCAAUAGGUUCUUGGCAUGUUGGAAAACAACCUGAUACAAGAGCAAGACAAAUUUUAAAAAAUCACAAUAUCAGUUAUAAUGGAAAAGCUAGACAGAUACAAACAGAAGACUUUAAUGAAUUUGAUUACAUUUUUGGUAUGGAUGAUGAAAAUAUAUCUGAUUUAACCAGCGAAGCUCCUAAAAAAUAUAAAGCUAAAAUUUUGUUGCUUGGUGAUUUUGACCCUGAAGGAGAUAGAAUUAUUAGAGAUCCUUAUUAUGAUUCAGGAUCAGAAGGAUUUGAAAAGUGUUUCCAGCAAUGUCUGAGGUCAUCUGAAGCAUUUUUGAAAGAAAAUAAUUAAUUUUAUAUAUUUGUUAUUGGAAUUACAAUAAAUGUUUAAAAUGUAA